CAAAUACUUCACCUCCCAACUCCACUACGACGGUAGCUUCCGAAGUUCCGUCUCAGCCUACCCACCGCCCAACACGAAACCGUAAACCCAAUCCCAGAUAUCUAGGUGGUCCCUUUGUGAAUAAUACUGAUGUGCACCCCAUUUUACCUACUCUUGAACCUACGGGUGUAAAGCAAGCAUUGAAUGACCCAAAAUGGAAAGCAGCAAUGGACGAUGAGAUGGCUGCACUACAUCGUAACCAUACCUGGACACUAGUUCCUCGCACCGGUCAACAACCUAUUACUUGCAAAUGGCUGUUUCGGGUAAAACGAAAUGCUGAUGGAAGUGUGUCUCGGUUUAAGGCUCGGCUUGUGGCGCGUGGAUUUCUCCAGCAACCCGGAAAAGACUAUUUUGAGACAUUUAGCCCGGUGACUAAACCGGCUACUAUUCGCAUCAUCCUAGCCAUUGCUCUAUCUCGGAAUUGGCAACUUCGUCAACUUGAUGUGAAUAACGCUUUCUUACAUGGUUCUCUUACCGAAGAGGUUUACAUGACUCAACCUCCCGGGUUUGUAGACCACACCAACCCACAUCAUGUGUGCAAGUUACACAAAGCUUUGUAUGGUCUCAAACAGGCACCACGUGCAUGGUACCUUGAACUCUCACGGUUUCUUUUUAGUGUUGGUUUUCGCAGGUCUCAUGCAGAUGCAUCUUUGUUUAUAUAUUGUCAAGGAGGCGUUUCUCUUUAUUUUCUAGUCUAUGUGGACGAUAUUGUGCUUACGGGAAAUAAUCCUACUGCCAUGGAAAAGUUCAUCAGCCAACUCACCACUCGAUUUUCCGUCAAAGAUUUGGGGUCACUACACCAUUUUCUUGGUGUUGAAGUCAUUCCCACUUCAUCUGGCUUGUUUUUAUCCCAACGUCAGUACAUUAAUCACAUCCUGGAGUCAUGUAUGAUGAUUGGUGCAAAGGAGGCAGCAACGCCCAUGUCAUCAACGGCAUCCCUAUUUCUCAAUGAUGGAACACCUUAUACGGAUUCAAGUAUGUACAGGCGAGCACUUGGUCUUCUCUAAUACCUUGCCUUUACUAGACCGGAUAUCUCGUUUGCUGUGAAUCGUUUGUCUCAAUAUAUGCAUGCUCCAACACACACUCAUUGGCAGGCCGUAAAACGGGUUCUAAGGUAUCUAAAAGGCACUCUUAAUUAUGGCUUAUUUAUUCGCCGUCAUGAUCCUCUCACUCUUACUGCAUUUUCGGACUCAGAUUGGGGGGGUCUACACGAUGGUGGACGUUCCACUACAGCCUAUGCAUUGUAUCUUGGUGGUAAUAUUAUUUCAUGGAAAUCAGCCAAGCAAAAAUGUGUGUCUCGCUCAUCUACGGAAGCUGAAUAUCGUGCGGUUGCUAAUGCUAGUGCGGAAAUUCUUUGGGUACGGAAUGUUCUCACUGAACUUGGAAUUUCACUGUCUCAGUCACCGCAACUAUAUUGUGACAAUCAAGGAGUAACUUAUGUCUGUGUUAAUCCAGUGUUUCACUCCCGUAUGAAGCACCUGGCCCUUGACUUCUUCUUUGUCCGAGAACUCAUUGAACGGGGUCAACUCAAUGUCCGUCACAUUUCUACCAAACUCCAAAUUGCUGACAUUCUAACCAAACCACUGGGUCGACACCUAUUCGAGACAUUUAGGUCCAAGCUGGGAGUCUCUGACGGAACCUCCAUCUUGAGGGGGCGUAUUAAAACAUAAUUUAUUAUUAAUGUUAUCACUUAUCCGUUAACUGAUGUAUAGCGCACAACCUGUGCAUAGCCUAGUCAUGCGGCGUAUUAUAUUACUAGUACGUAUUAUUAGAGAGUUAGUUAUACAUACUUAUCUCUUAGUUUAAGGCUACGUAUAGAAGUGUAUAUAUACACAAUAUGAUUGUACUCAUAAUUAAUUCAACACACAUAAUCAUAUUCUUUACAGAUUUCACCAUUCAUUCUGCCUUACCCAAACACUUUCCGUCAAUGUACCCCAACCUCUGUUUUUUAAUACAGGGCAGAUGAUGUAUAAUGCCCCAUCAUGUCCUUACAAAUUUAAAUCAAAGAUACAUUAUAUUUAAUUGCCCAGCUCGAUCGUUGUAUAUAUAGUUGGGUUCUGUGCAGUGAUCAAGUGUAUACAAAAUCCUAGAGAGCUAAGUUUGCACUUUCCAUUACCCCACGAGAAAAGAGUUAGAAAAAAUCCACGUUUGAUCGAGAAAAUGGCUGUCUGGUCAAACAGUGUGAUAAUACAUGUAUAUGUAGCAGUGAUAUUGGUGAUGCUCCGAUCAUCAAAUAGCGGUGGCGAGCAGAUUCCAAUCACUGUCAUUGAAAGUGCCAUUGGAGAGGGGGCUGUUUGCCUUGAUGGAAGUGCACCAGCAUAUCACUGGGAGGCAGGAAAGGGCCAUGGUGCCGCAAAUUGGCUGGUGUACCUUCAAGGAGCUGGAUGGUGCUUGAACAGCAGCAUUUAUCACACAAGUGAUAAUUCUGUUCAGAGUUGUGAAAGCCGUGCAGCAGGUGAAAAUGGUUCUUCCCAUCACAUGCAGCCUGUGACGUUUAAAAACGUAUUUUCUGUUCACGCAAAUGAUAGUUAUUUUUUUAACUGGAAUCGGGUUGUAGUAAGAUAUUGUGAUGGAGGAUCAUUUGCGGGAGAUGCCGACAAACCUGACCCCGUAACGAAGCUCUACUACAGAGGUGCCAGGAUCUUCAAUGCCGUCGUCAAAGAGUUGAUGGCGAAAGGAAUGAGAGGUGCGCAAAAUGUUCUCCUUGUCGGAGGAUCGUCCGGCGGACUGGGCGUGAUGAUACACUGUGACCGCUUUCGGGGUCAGUUCUCUAAGAGUGUGCGAGUGAAAUGUGUUGCGGACGGUUCACUGUUUAUUCACAUGAAAGAUCGCAGCAGGGCGAAGUUUUUCGAAACUGUUUUCAGCACAGCAGUUGGGUGUGCAUCAUCUCAAGAAGGCACUUCCCAAACAGUGCACUUCCAAAAUGAGUGCCACUGCGUGCUUCUUCCCCCAAAAUUUGUUGGAUUUUGUCAAAUCGCCGAUUUUCAUUGUGAUGGAAUUCGGCAUUUGAUACUUUUCAAAUAAUAAACACGUUUGGGGAAGGCUUGCACGACCAAAUCAAGAAUCACACGGCCGUCAGCCAAGGUGAUAUGACUUUGCUCAAAGAUUUCAGACACCAAAUAAUCCACGCAUUGCCUCCAAAAAGUGCCAAAGUUGGAUAUGUCGUUACAUCCCUCUUUGUUCAUAGUGUGGCUUGGCAUAUAGGCUACAGAUUACCCAUAUUUUCUGCUGUCCCGGAAUCCAAGACCAUUGAAAGCGCUCUGCUGGACUGGUUCUACGACCGAGCACAUGUUCACUUGGUUGACCCCACUGAUGAACCUUUCGCAAAUUAGAUACUACGGAGUCCUAGCUUAGUAGGUAUUUUUUUUUUGUGACUGGCCGGCCAUUAUCUAUAUGUGUGUACCUACCGCUUUCCUUUCUACCUAGUAUUAUCUAUCUAGAAAAUUAGAAAUCAUUACGUUAGCAGUGCUGCUGUGGCGUUUGGCCGAACGACCUAGCUAUAUAUUGUGUAUUGAAUUAUCCUAACCGCUAGGUGUAUCUGUAGUGUCACAAGAGUUAGGUCCCGGGUUCGAAUCUCAUUUUAGAGGUGACUAUUGUAAAUUCAAAAAAUAUAGGGCUUCUUUAAGUACCGGGGACAGAGCCCC